AUGAAAAUGCCGGUUCUCGGCUGCACUUUCCUCACGCUGUCAGAUCGUGAGGAAAGUGCUGCCAAGAACUGGCAGUUGUCAGAGCAGGGAUCGGCACCGAUCAUCAGGGCACUGAUGAUCAGUGCCCUGAUGAUCGGUGCCCAGCAGUGCCACCCACCAGUUCCACCCACUUGUGCCCAGCAGUGCACCCAUCAGUGCCACCCACCUCUGCCCACCCACCUGUGCCCACCAGUGCCACCCACCUGUGCCCAUCAGUGCAGCCCAGCAGUGCUGCCAGUCAGUGCCCAGUGGUUGUGUCAGUCAGUGCCCAGCAGUUGCGCCAGCCAAUGCCUAACAGUGCCGCCAGUCAGUGCC